AUGGCUCACCACAACGUUUCAUCCUGCAGUCCUAUACUGACACCCCAUUUAACCAGGCUCUACUUCCUCAUACUCAUUGGAGGGCUGGCGGGCGUCAUCUCCAUUUUGUUCCUGCUGGUGAAUAUGAACACCCGAUCUGUAACUACCACAGCAGUUGUUAACCUGGUGGUGGUCCACAGCGUUUUUCUGCUGACAGUGCCUUUUCGCUUGACAUACCUCAUCAAGCAAACUUGGAUAUUUGGGCUGCCCUUCUGCAAAUUUGUGAGUGCCAUGCUACACAUCCAUAUGUACCUCACAUUCCUGUUCUACAUGGUGAUCUUGGUCAUUCGGUACCUCAUCUUCUUCAAGCACAAGGACAAAGUGGAAUUCUACAGAAAGCUGCAUGCCGUGGCUGCCAGUACCGGCAUGUGGCUGCUGGUGAUUGUCAUCGUGGUACCUGUGUUUGCGUCUCAGUAUGGAACUCACCAGGUGUACGAUGAGCAACACUGUUUCAAAUUCCACAAAGAGCUUGAUCGUGUAUAUGUGCGAGUCAUCAACUAUAUGAUAGUUACUGCUGUCAUAGCCACUGCGGUGGUUCUCCUCAUCUUCCAGAUCUUCAUCAUCAUGUCAAUGGUGCGGAAGCUAGGCCACUCCUUACUAUCCCACCAGGAGUUCUGGGCCCAGCUGAAAAACCUAUUUUUUAUAGGAGUCAUCUUUGUUUGCUUCCUUCCCUACCACUUCUUUAGGAUCUAUUACUUGUACACGGUGGCACACUCACGUGACUGUAACGAUACUGCUGCGUUUUAUAAUGAAAUCUUCUUGAGUGUAACAGCAAUUAGCUGCUUUGAUUUGUUGCUCUUUGUUCUUGGAGGAAGCCGCUGUAAACAAAAGAUAAUUGACCUAUGGAAUUGCCUCUUGUGCCGUUAGCCACAAACUUCAGUAUUCAGAACUCUUUUAUACUGGGCAUAGAGAGGUAAUGGGCAUAGAGAGGUAGGAAGGGUUAUUUCAUUACUUGAUUAAAGCCAUGCCGUAAUGCAGCCAAUCAAAAGGACUAUAAAAUGUCAGAGUGUUCAUUCCAGUCCUUAUUUAAUCCCUACCACCUCUAAAUGAUGCAGAUAGAAAAACUAGUGAUGUUCAGUCCACCUGGAGUUGCAAUACUGCAUUAUUUCCCUAUAUAAAAAGUCUACUUGGCCCAUCUGGGCACCAUGGGUCUAAUGGUUUCUGAGCUUUACCAGCUUAGUUUAGUUUCAUCAGUUUGAAACACGACCUUAUUUGGGCUUUGGAUUAGAUUCAGCCCUCUAGUUCUUUUCAUUCCACUUAACCUGAGGUAAAUGAGCCCUG